CUUGCAUUUCCCUUCUGCUUAUUAACUCCCAGCUCGCUCUCUAAUCUUAGGAAUUCAAACCCUUCCAGCAUUUUAAUUCUUUUCUAAUGUCAGCGGCUGCGAGCGUAGCGAGAUUCUCUUCGUCUCCUGCCCUGAUGAGAUCGCUAGCCCGGCGGAGGGGAACGGUAGCAAUCGCUACUUCUGUGGCGAUCAAAACUGCAAAGGGAAGGGGGUUGUAUGCGGUGCUUGGAGUUGGGGAAAGAGCGAGCAAUGUAGAGAUAAAGGCAGCAUACUGGACACUAGCGAAGAGAUGGCAUCCUGACGUAGCGGGCGAAGGCGAUGUGGGAAUCUUCCUCGAGAUCCACCGGGCGUACGCGACCCUUUCGGAUCCGGAGGAGAGGAAGAGGUAUGAUAUCUCGAUGGGUCUGCUAGGGUUAGAGUUCCAGCGUGGGGAGAGGUUCUUCGUGAGGAAGAGGUGGGAGACGGAUCAGUGCUGGUAGGAUCGGCGGCGGAUGACGGAUGGGUUCCGCCUUCGGAUUGUAAAUUGAAGCCUAUUUUGAAUUUUUUUUCAUCGGUGACCUUUUUGG